GCUCCGAUGCUUAAAAUAAAUAUUGCACCUAUCUAGUGACCAAGAGGGAUUCGGCUUGAGCGAGCCAAACAGCAGAAGCAAAACGAGAACAGAAAAGAUAGGACGUUAUUUGUCAAAGUUUUGUGCUGAUUCGUAUAGAAAACGUUACGAGUUAAAAGUUAAAACUUUCAAAUCGCUUGAUUAAUAGAAAUUAGACGUCGUGCUUAGCAUAAAUAAGUUGAUUAGCGAAAUGUUGUAAUUUAACGUAGUUUGUAGACCGUAGCGAAGAAUUUAGUGUAAUUCUAACCUCUAAAUCUGACGGAUUACGAUCGCUACCAGAGGGCCAUUAUGUCGAGUCUGUCGCGCCGGGAGCUGGAAGAUAUCCGGCCGAACCUGGAUAAAUUGGUGUAUAAGGUACUGGGCAGUGUCGAAUCUUCCGUGUUGGCCACAAUCGAGAGUAAUUUGCACCAUGGUUUUGACCGGCGGAAAUUGAUCGAUAAAUUGGCUUCGUUUGUUGAUGGCAAAAGAGCAUGCAGAUUAUCGGACAAGGUUGAAGAUUUGUUGGAUACUCUUAAAUCAUCCACGCAUAGGUCGUCUAAAAAGCGCAGUCACGAGGAAGAUGCUCGGGAAAGGGAUACUAAAAAGGUCAAAACAAAAUAUGAAGACGAGGUUAUUAAAAAAAGUUCUGAGGAAAAGAUUCGCACUAAAGAAGCCCCAAAGGCCUCGGAAGAUCGUCCACCAAAAGAAGAUCUGGCAUCGAAAAACUUUUCAUCCAAUCAGAUAAAGAUGAUGAUGGAAACGGCUCAACGUGAAAUCGAAGAGCGCAAGAAGAAGCUUGAUUCCAUAAAAGCAGCAAAAGCCCCACCUCCAUCGGCAGUGGCGGCGGCUGCAGCGGUUUCAGCGAAAAUAUCAGCUGCUCAACAGGCUCCAGCAGCUCCUCAAGCCCCUGUCGAUAUCGAACGGUCUUUGAAAAUAGCCCAACUGCAGGAACAGAUUAGGGCAAAACUAUCAGGCACCCUGGCUGCCGUUCUUCCUCCCGUUAUUCAAGAUAAGCCAAAACCUCUUAUUUUGGAUGCCGAAGGAAGAACAGUAGAUGGAAGUGGACAAGCUGUCGAGGUUCCCAAACUUACUCCCACGCUAAAGGCAAAUAUUCGAGCCAAAAAGCGAGAAACAACGAAAGCCCUCGCACAGGAAAAGCAACAUCAAGAGGAAUCUGGCGAAGCACAUUUUUUCGAUGAUCGGAUCGCCAUCAAACCUGCCGUCCGUAACAAGCGAGCUCUCCGAUUUCAUGAACCCGGCAAGUUCCAACAGAUGGCCGAGAGGCUGCGAAUGAAAUCACAGUUGGAAAAGUUACAAAACGAAAUCUCGCAAAUUGCUCGCAAAACUGGAAUCAGUUCUGCCACGAAACUGGCCCUGAUCGCCCCGAAAGCCGACACUCAGUCCAACGAGGUUCCGCAAAUGGAAUGGUGGGACUCGGUCAUUCUGACUGAUGAUCUCAACACCCUAAACCGGGACGGGCGCAUUUCGAUUCGCGAAUCGGCCAUCACAAAUUUGAUUGAACAUCCGACGCAGAUGCGGCCUCCAAAUGAAUCGUCACGCCCCGUUUACCUGCCGGUUUUCCUGACGAAAAAAGAGCGCAAAAAGCUCAGGCGUCAAAAUCGUCGCGAAGCAUGGAAGGAAGAGCAGGAGAAGAUCCGACUUGGACUGGAACCACCACCGGAGCCGAAGCUUCGUAUCUCCAAUCUUAUGCGAGUGCUUGGCACCGAAGCGGUCCAGGAUCCUACCAAGAUCGAGGCCCACGUCCGGGAGCAGAUGGCCAAACGUCAGAAGGCUCACGAGGAAGCAAACGCGGCCCGUAAGCUCACCGAUGAUCAGCGAAGGGACAAGAAAAUUCGCAAAUUGAAGGAAGACACUUCGAUGGGAGUGCAUGUUACAGUUUACAGAAUUAAGGACCUGCACGAUCAACAAAGCAAAAAGUUCAAGGUGGAAACCAAUGCCAAACAGCUGCUGAUGACCGGUAUUUGCGUGCUGUUUCGAGACUGUUGUGUGGUUGUGGUCGAAGGAGGGCCCAAACAGCAGAAGAAGUACCGCAGAUUGAUGCUGACGAGAAUCAAGUGGGAAGAAGAUUUGGUUAAGAACGCCGAUGGCAAUGAGGUGCCCAACUCGUGCGUUAUGGUGUGGGAGGGAACCGCACAGAGACGCCACUUCGGUGAGUUCAAAUACAAAUCGUUCCCCAUGGAAAAGAGCGCUAGAGAAUUCUUCCAGAAGCAUCACGUGGAACAUUAUUGGGAUUUGGCUUACUCCGGAGCUGUCUUGGAAGCGUCCGAGGACACUUGAAGGUAUCUUAGUUGCUAAACAACAGUGCAUAUAUGGUAGGUUUGUAUAUGUUUGUUUUUUUUUCUUUUUUCCGACGGAUAUAUUCUUGACAAAAUUCUAAAAGCAUUCUUCAAUCUGAUUUUUUGUCGAGAGUCAAAGUGCUACAGAAUAUUCAAGAUCCAUAUUAUUUCAUAGUGUUAAAUAGAUUUGGAU